UAGCGCGAAAGCCUUUCGGGAAAGUUGUUCUAAGGGCUUUAAGAAAAACCUCGUUACUUAUUCCUAUAAAAAACUACAAUCAAAUAAAUGAACGUAGGUAGUUAUUAUUAUAUUAACAGGCAUGCUAUUUUUAACUCGAUGAAUUUUUACUGUAAUUGAGACGUUGUUUUCGUUUUACGGGAGUGAUCUAAAUUAAGAAGCCAAAAUGUAUGGAAUGUUAUUAGAGAGUGUUCAGCAUUUCAUAAUGAUGGAAUGCGGGGAAGAAAUUUGGGAAACGAUAGAGCGAGAAGCGGGUGCCAGAAACACUGUAUUUAUGACCAGACAGCAAUAUCCGGAUACGCUUAUGUUCCGAUUGGCAUCUGCAUUGACCCGAUUGCUGGCGAUGGAUACCACAAAUGCAACUGCCUCCAUACCAAGCAGUCCCGUUCCAAGGAAACCUUCUAUAAAGUCGAAACCGACAUGGAGGAGCUCCUCAGUCCACGGCGAUAACAGAAGCCAGAACUUCAAGUGUCCCUUUACAGCCACUAAUGCUUUAACAGCAGUUACGAAGAAGGAGAUUGAUGCCUACAACUCCUCAGAAGAAAUACGUUCACCGACGCUCAGUACUGUCUCCAUUGAAAAAAUUAAAGAAGACGAAUUGACUGCAACAUGUCCUAGAGAUAGAAGAAGUUUAGGGAUACAUUUGGAGCGUAUAAAAGACAGGAAAAUGUCUGCGGAUGAUAUCAUACCAGAGACAGAUAACGUGGAAAGUACUAAUAAACCUGACAGUGCUAACGAAGCUAAAUGUGCUAAAGAACCUGAAUGUCCGAGUACUUCAACUCAAAGAAGGAGUUCUUUGAAGCCAGCUCUACGAAAAACGAGUUGCACAGUUGCUUUGGAAGUAUAUCAACGUCGAGGGUCUGGUAAUGUCCGGCCGAGGUUAAACAGUCUUACCACGCUUAGCACAGUGAAUGCCGAGAAGCUAAGCGCGUUGAGAGAGAAAUUCAGCACGCCUGAAAAGGUCAUGCAUUUUUUCGGUAGAUGCUUUGUCAAGUUCUUUUCUAAUUACGGUUACGACACAAUGAUCCGUGCAACAGGCAGAUAUUUCUGCACGUUCCUGCAAUCAGUUGACAGCAUACACCAGCGAAUGCGUUUCACGUUCCCUCGCAUGCGUUCACCAAGUAUGCAGUUGACUCGCGCGCACAUUCAUGGCGCAGAGCUAGUGUACAGCAGUGGAAGGGCAGGCUUCACUCAUUAUCUGAUGGGUCAGUUGUACGAGAUCGCGGAAGACAUCUUUUCGUUAAAGCUAAAAGUGACCAUAGUCAAGGAAAGCAUGGAGGGUGCCUACUAUGUCGCGGUUUUGAGACUGGAAUUCGACAAUAGCGAUUAUGUACAAUCCCUGAUGGCUCGCAAAUCACUGCCCUGCCUCUUGCCAGCAGUACCAGCUUCACUUCUGUUACAACUAUUCCCGUUCGGCGUUCUACUUGACAGGAAAAUGAGAGUUCUGAUGGCUGGCGAUAAGCUGAUGGAAGCAUGGGGUGGUCCCUACAACCGGAUCGCAAAAUCAUCAAUCAACGAGAUUCUCCGAUUGAGGAAACCCAAAGUCUCUUUUACUUGGGAUAAGGUGGUGUGCAUGCAGACAGUGGUGUUCGAGUUGGAGCUGAUGCGGUGGCGCGCGCGCUGCGUGAGUGACUCUCGGCGAGGCUCCCAAGGCGCCAGGGCUAUCCUGCUUAAAGGACCUAUCUACUUCCUCGAGGAGAUUGACGCUCUCGCCUUUUUGUGUAGCCCUAUCUUUAACGACCUCGAUGAACUUCGUCAAGCUGGCUUAUACUUAGCUGAUAUGAACGGGCAUGGUCUUUCCAAGGAGAUGCUGCUGCAAGGUUGGCAGCAUCUAUCACGUUUGGAACUGCUGUUCGACAAAGCAGAAACAAGGAGUCUUUCGUUGGAGAAAUCGUGUAGACUCUUGGACGAGUGGAAGAAGAAGGGGGACCAGCUCUUAUACUCCAUGAUACCAAGAGAAAUUGCUACCCAGUUGCGCGCAGGAAAAAGCACGACCGCAGAAUGUUGGCAACAGAAAUUCGACUGCGUGACCGUCAUGUUCUGUGGCAUCCCACUGAUGGAGACGGCGACCCGCGCUGACGUGAUGCAGACUGUGAGCUACAUGAACGACGUGUAUUCCAGGAUCGACCGCCUGCUCGACAGCCAUCGCGUUUAUAAGGUGGAGACAGUAGGCACAGUGUACAUGGUGGUGUCUGGUGCUCCGGAGAAGACGCGCGCCCACGCAAAGGAGGCGGCCAGCGCUGCGCUCGCGGUGUCGUGCGCUCUCCCCAUGCUUACCAUCGGAGUCCACUCGGGCCCCUGCCAAGCCGCCGUGCUGGGUUUCCGUCAACCCCGCUACUGCCUGGUUGGGGACACCGUCAACACUGCAAGCAGAAUGCAGACUACGAGCGAGCCUGGCCGUAUCCAGAUUUCAGCUCAGACAAAAUCUGAACUACCACAAGGGAAAUUCAGACUAAGGCGAAGAGGUCUCAUCAAAGUUAAGGGCAAAGGCAUGAUGGAGACGUUUUGGCUGGAAGGUGAAAUCGAAGAGGACGAUCCUGAAGAAGCCUUGCAGUUGUUCUCUACGCUAUGUGGUGACAAUUAGGAAAUAGCUUCGACGAUGAAUUCCCGGAUUUUUAUGUCAACUGUCACAUUUCCACUAUCGCAUCGGUGCCAUACCUAGGUACCUCACGAUGGACUAAGGCCCGCAAGGGCCAGA